AUGGAGAAUAAAUUGAAGAAGUUGUUGAAGCUUAUCCAAGAUGGAGGAGAAGAGGACAAUUCCAUAGGGAACUCGAACAGAGAGUCAGAACUUUUUGAUGCCUUCAAGGAUUUCAAAGAACAGUACCAAUCACUCAAUGAACAGUAUGAUCAUCUUUCUGCAGAGUUAAAGGAGAAAUCUCAUGACCAAGAAGAAAAAGAUGGUGACUUAUCACUUAGCUCCACCUCAGUUUCCGAUUCGGAUCAUUCUUCCAAGGAGAAAGCCAGUGAAGGCAGAAAACAUAGAAAUGAGCUUCAAAAGUGGGAUGCAAGCACUAAACAAAAAUUUGAAGCUGCAAAUGACCAAGUAGUUGCUGACCUGAAGCAGAGAUUGAAAGAUGCAUACAGAGAGAAGGAAGCUUUAAGAGCAGAUAUGCACAAAACUUUGAGUAGUAUUGAUGAGGGGAAGAAAUUCUCGGAAGACCUGCAAGUCAGAGGUGAUCAGUUGAAAGAUAAGAAUUCAACAUUGCGGGUUGAGAAUGGAGCACUAAAACAAGAACUAGAAGCUCUGAAAGGGGACGUUUCUGAUCUGAAGCAAAGACUGGAAUUUACCAAUGAGAGAGCUGCUGAUUUAACUCAGGGACUGGGUUCUGCUCAGGAGGAGAACAUGGCACUGGUUUCAAAAAAUGUAGAAAUUUCAAAUACCAUGGAACAGGAACAGAGAAUAAUACAGGCUUUACUAUCCGAGCUGGCCUCUUUACAAACCCAGAAAAAGGAAGGUGACGUCUCUGCUCUCCCUAAGGAACUAGAUUCGUUGCACACUAAGGAAAACCAAUUAGAUUUGCAAAUUGAGAAAAAAAACCAAGAAAGUUCUGAAUAUGAGAAGAUUGAAAACCUGUACCUUGAGAAAGAUCAUCUGGCAGUUCAGGUGACUGACCUACUACCAGAGGUGAACUCUUUAUUGGCACAGAAAGGUGAACUGGAAGAGCAGAUCAAAAUUAAGAGUCAUGAAGCACAAGAGUUGAGGGAAGAAAACCAGGCGCUGCAGCUCAUGAGAACAAAGUUUCAAGAUCAGAUUUUGGAUUUGAAGAAGCUUUCUAAUCUAGUGAAGAAAUUUGAGGAUAACAAGAAUGAACGGUCAGCUAAAAUUAUGGCUUUCUUGGCAAAGGUCAAUGAUGUGCAAGUGGAGCUGGGCUCCUUACACUCCCAGAAAAGGCAAUUGGAAUUGCAGAUUGCAGGAAGACAGACUCAGAUGGAGAAUUUGGACAUUGAGUUGACUAGGAAGUUUUCUUCUGAUCAGCAGAAAUUCCUGAAAGAGCAGGAGCAUAGAAUCAAGAAGUUAACUGUAGAGUAUAAACAAUUUGAGGAUUUGUAUCAGGAAUCACUGGAGAAUCGCGAGGUGGUGCAAAAACAGAUCGAAGAUCUUCAGGAAAGGCUGAGAAAUAUUGAUUAUAGAGAUGAGUUGAUUAAUGUGUUGCAAGGGAUGGCUGAGAAGCUGAAGAAAGAAGGAGAAAUUGGAAGAAAAGUGACUACUUCAUUGAAAACAGUGUUGAGUAAAAUGGAGGAGAUGCAUAAAGAUCUUCAGGAAAGUCUUCAGUCCACAGAAUUAGACAAGGCAGUUGCAACCGUAGAGAAGGAGCAUCAAACCAUCGAAACGUUGCGGAGAAUUCAAGAAGAGCUUCAGGGAGUGUUUGGAAGGUUACAGGAUGAGAACAAGAAAGUGAAGCAGAAACUGUUGAGAAGUGUAGCUGAACUUGAGAAGAAGGCAAGAAAAUUGGAGAACAGACUCAAAGAGAAAGAAGAUGAGGUGCUCAGCAAGGAGGAAGAGAAGAAAGAAGUGAUAAGGCAGUUGUGCAUUACGAUCAAAUACCACCUUGAUCAAAUUGAUUAUCUGAAGGAAUUAUUCAUUAAGACAAGAAUCUUUGUCCUUCUGAGUUUGUCACGGAAACGGUCUUGUCCUAGAAAAAUGGAGAAUAAAGUGAAGAAGUUGUUGAAGCUUAUCCAAGAUGGAGGAGAAGAGGACAAUUCCAUAGGGAGCUCGAACAGAGAGUCGGAACUUUUUGAUGCCUUCAAGGAUUUCAAAGAACAGUACCGAUCACUCAAUGAACAGUAUGAUCAUCUUACUGUUAUGUUUAAGGAGAAAUCUCACAACCAAGAUGAAAAAGAUGGUGACUUAUCACCUAGUUCCAGCUCAGUUUCCGAUUCGGAUCAUUCUUCCAAGGAGAAAGCCAGUGAAAACAGAAAACUUAGAAAUGAGCUUCAAAAGUGGGAUGAAAGCACCCAACAAAAACUUGAAGCUACAAAUGACCAAGCAGUUGCUAACCUGAAGCAGAGAUUGGAAGAUUCAUACAGAGAGAAUGAAGCUUUAAGAGCAGAUAUGCACAAAGCUUUGAGUAGUAUUGAUGAGGGGAAGAAAUUCUCUGAAGAGCUGCAAGUUAGAGGUGAUCAGUUGAAAGAUGAGAAUUCAACAUUGUGGGUUGAGAAUGGAGCUCUAAAACAAGAACUAGAAGCUCUGAAAGGGGUCGUUUCUGAUCUGAAGCAAAGACUGGAAUUUUCCAAUGAGAGAGCUGCUGAUUUAACUCAGGGACUGGGUUCUGCUCAGGAGGAGAACAUGGCACUGGUUUCAAAAAAUGUAGAAAUUUCAAAUACCAUGGAACAGGAACAGAGAAUAAUACGGGAACUCACAGAAAAAGUUAAACGGGUGACCGAGAGGUCCAAUGAGAGUGAAGCUGAACUACACGAGUUUGAAAAUGAAGCAUCAGCUCGAGUAAAGGGUUUAGGGGCAGAUUUAACUGCUUUACUAUCCGAGCUGGCCUCUUUACAAACCCAGAAAAAGGAAGGUGAAGUCUCUGCUCUCCAUAAGGAACUAGAUUCGUUGCACACUAAGGAAAACCAAUUAGAUUUGCAAAUUGAGAAAAAAAACCAAGAAAGUUCUGAAUAUGAGAAGAUUGAAAACCUGUACCUUGAGAAGGAUCAUCUGGCAGUUCAGGUGACUGACCUACGACCGGAGGUGAACUCUUUAUUGGCACAGAAAGGUGAACUGGAAGAGCAGAUCAAAGUUAAGAGUCAUGAAGCACAGGAGUUGAGGGAAGAAAACCAGGCGCUGCAGCUCAUGAGAACAAAGUUUCAAGAUCAGAUUUUGGAUUUGAAGAGGAUAUUAUCAGAGAGAGCAGAUGAGCUUUCUAUUCUCCUGAAGAAACUUGAGGAUAACAAGAAUGAAGGGUCAGCUGAAAUUAUGACUUUAUUGGUACAGGUAAAAGAUCUGCGAGUGGAGUUGGACUCCUUACACUCCCAGAAAAGCCAAUUGGAUUUACAGAUUGCAGAAAGACAGACUCAGGUGGAGAAUAUGAACAUUGAGUUAACUUGGAAGGUUUCUUCUGAUCAGCUGAAAUUCCUGAAAGAGCAGGAGGAUAGAAUCAAGAAGUUAAAUACAGAGUAUAAACAAUUUGAGGAUCUGUAUCAGGAAUCACUGGAGAAUCGCGAGGUGGUGCAAAAAAUGAUUGAAGAUCUUCACGAAAAGCUAAGAAACAUUGAUUAUAGAGAUGAGAUGAUUAAUGUGUCGCAAGGGAUGGCUGGGAAGCUGAAGAAAGAAGUAGAAAUUGGAAGAAAAGUGAUUACUUCAUUGAAAACAGUGUUGAGUAAAAUGGAGGAGAUUCAUAAAGAUCUUCAGGAAAGGCUUCAGUCCACAGAAUUAGACAAGGCAGUUGCAACCAUAGAGAAGGAGUGUCAAACUAUCGAAACGUUGCAGAGAAUUCAAGAAAAGCAUCAGGGAGAGAUUGCAAGGUUACAGGAUGAGAACAAGAAAGUGAAUGAGAAACUGUUGAAAAGUGUGGCUGGACUUAAGAAGAAGGGAAGAGAAUUGGAGAACAGACUCAAAGAGAAAGAAGAUGAGGUGCUCAGCAAGGAGGAAGAGAAGAAAGAAGUGAUAAGGCAGUUGUGCAUUACGAUCAAAUACCACCUUGAUCAAAUUGAUUAUCUGAAGGAAUUAUUCAUUUGGACAAGAAUGGAUUUGUCAAUUGCAUUGAAAAUGGAGAAUAAAUUGAAGAAGUUGUUGAAGCUUAUCCAAGAUGGAGGAGAAGAGGACAAUUCCAUAGGGAACUCGAACAGAGAGUCAGAACUUUUUGACGCCUUCAAGGAUUUCAAAGAACAGUGCCAAUCACUCAAUGAACAGUAUGAUCAUCUUAUUGCUGAGUUAAAGGAGAUAUCUCAUGACCAAGAUGAAAAAGAUGGCCACUUAUCACCUAGUUCCAGCUCAGUUUCCGAUUCAGAUCAUUCUUUCAAGGAGAAAGCAAGUGAAAACAGAAAACAUAGAAAUGAGCUUCAAAAGUGGGAUGAAAGCACUAAACAAAAACUUGAAGCUGCAAAUGAUGAGGGGAAGAAAUUCUCUGAAGACCUGCAAGUCAGAGGUGAUCAGUUGAAAGAUGAGAAUUCAACAUUGUGGGUUGAGAAUGGAGCACUAAAACAAGAACUGGAAGCUCUGAAAGGGGACGAACUAGAUUCGUUGCAUGAGAAGAUUGAAAACCUGUCCCUUGAGAAGGAUAAUCUGGCAGUUCAGGUGACUAACUUACGACCGGAGGUGAACUCUUUAUUGGCACAGAAAGGUGAACUGGAAGAGAAGAUCAAAAUUAAGAGUCAUGAAGCACAGGAGUUGAGGGAAGAAAACCAGGCACUUCAGCUCACGAGAACAAGGUUUCAAAAUAAGAUCUUGGUUUUGGAGAGAAUAUUAUCAGUGCGAGGAGGUGAGCUUUCUAGUCUACUGAAGAAACUUGAGGAUAACAAGAAUGAAGGGUCAGCUCAAAUUAGGGCUUUAAAGGCACAGGUCAAUGAUCUGCAAGAGAAGGAGCGUCAAACCAUCGAAACGUUGCAGAGAAUUCAAGAAGAGCUUCAGGGAGAGAUUGCAAUGUUACAGGAUGAGAACAAGAAAGUGAAGGAGAAACUGUUGAGAAGUGUAGCUGAACUUAAGAAGAAGGCAAGAGAAUUGGAGAACAGACUCAAAGAGAAAGAAGAUGAGGUGCUCAGCAAGGAGGAAGAGAAGAAAGAAGUGAUAAGGCAGUUGUGCAUUACGAUCAAAUACCACCUUGAUCAAAUUGAUUAUCUGAAGGAAUUAUUCAUUUGGACAAGAAUGGAUUUGUCAAUUGAUUUGAGUACUCAGAAAUUAGCUAAAUGA